AUGACCCCGGUGACACCUGGAAAAGGCCGUGCCGUGAAGCGCCGCUGGCCUACUGACGACAAUCCGACGGAUUCGGAAGAGGAAGGACACCGUCAAACAAGACCCGUUUGCAAGAACUGCAACUAUGCCAUCUGGCGCGAUGAACCUAGCCGUCUCGCUCUGCACUCGUCGAAACACCUCUCCUUCCGACCCUGGAAGUGUUCUGUCUGUACCCAUACUGCGAAACUGAAAUUCGUUGUGAAGAGCCAUCUGAAGACCCAACAUCAAGGAAACGGCCGGGCCAUCGAUAAUCGCACUGCUGAAUACUACGAUGCGCUCGAGGCGAAGAUGAAAGCCAACUUUCCAGUUCAAUCAAAUGCCAUCGCUAAAUACAUUGGAGGACAAAAAGAGGCAUUGGGAUUUCAAGAUGCAUCUGAUCAUGAAGAUGGCAAUCCGCACGACGGUCGAAAAAUCCUCGUCUGCAAGGAAUGCCGACAUUCGAUUGAUUCAACUGAGCCUUGGCAUCUCGUUGCGCACUCGGUAGCGCACCUCGCCUUCCGACCCUGGAAGUGUUCUGUCUGCACCUAUACUACGAAACUGAAAUCGAACCUGCAAAAGCAUCUGAAUGAGCAACAUCAAGGAAAUGGCCGGAUCAUCGAUAAUCGCACUGCCGAAUACUACGAUGCCCUCAAAGCAAAAGCCCAAGCCAACUUUCCUGAUCGCGCAAGGGCCAUCGCCAAGCACAUUGGAGGCCAAAGGGAGACAUCGAAAAUUCAGGAUGAAUCCGAUGACGAAGAUUCCACCCCAGAAGACGACCCACCAAUUGUUCAUCUCCCGGCUCCUGACAUCAAAAGUCUCGACAUUCGGCGAAACGUGCAGACCAAUCCAGAAGUUGCAUCGUCAAAUGCUGGUACGAUCAAGCAAGAAGUGGUGCCAGACGCUGUUCCACCACGAUCCAAAGAGAAAUCGACUCAUCGAACCUUGGCCGAUACACGACGUGAAGUUAAGCAAGAGCCACUAGAUGUCGAAAAUUCUUCAUUUGAUUUUCAUGUCGUAAUCGAGGGAAGUGAGGCGGAUGCUCAUGCUGAUGCUCAUGCUCCAACCAGCCACCACAACGAGCAAAAUGUCCGGAUUGGUGAGAAAGACCAAUCAUCCUCGCCUACCCUUCAUCCAAUCGAUGUCAAAGAAGAACUUCUAGAUGAAAAUCCAACCGAAGAGCCGAGACGAAUCGAUAAGAAGAAGAAGAAGAAGUUCAAAAGAGGCCAGGAGGACUGGGCAGCCGAGCCCGUGCCCCAAAUCGACACUGACCACAGUAUCGACAAGCGCGUCGAGGAGACCAUUAUGACAGUGAAAUUGGGAGGUGCCAAGAUGGCCUCGGACAUGGCCAGAAUGCGCGCUGCAAUGAGGGAGACGAAAUCUGACGUGGCUCGCAUGCAGACAAACAUGGCACUCCUGGAGACCCUCUCGGAAACGCGGAAUGCCGAAAAUCGCCGUCUGAAGCAGGAGAACGACCAGCAAGCCGCCCAGCUGAAGAUGCUAAUGGAAGAAGUGACGGCGCUGAAGGAGCGCAUCCAGAAUGGCGGAUGG